AUGUACAAGUAGAUGUCAGUGACAGAAGGUACAAUUUUGCUGGUAAUGUAAUGAAGAUAUAACCUCAAAUUUAGUUUAUGCGGUAUACCUUUGCUAACAAGUAGAAAAAAUCAAUUUAUUAAAUAUCUAAAGUAUUUUAUCAGACUCAAAAAUGCCGGAUCAUUUAGGGGAAGACAUGCGAAAAGUAAAAAGUGAAGAUGAAAAAGAAGAAAAAGAAAUAAAAUCUCUGGACGAAGGAGAUAUUGCUUUACUUAAAACUUAUGGCCAAGGACAAUAUACAAAGAGUAUUAAAACAGUAGAAGAAGAUAUUCAAACAAUAAUUAAACGUGUAAAUGAAUUAACAGGAAUCAAAGAGUCUGAUACUGGUUUAGCACCUCCAGCUCUUUGGGAUUUAGCUGCGGAUAAACAGACGUUACAAAAUGAACAACCUUUGCAAGUUGCUCGUUGCACUAAAAUAAUAAAUGCUGAUUCUCUUGAUCCAAAAUACAUUAUAAAUGUGAAACAAUUUGCAAAAUUUGUAGUAGAUUUGGCAGAAUCAGUAGCUCCAACUGAUAUUGAAGAAGGCAUGCGAGUAGGUGUUGAUCGCAACAAAUACCAAAUUCAUAUUCCAUUGCCACCUAAAAUUGAUCCAAGUGUAACAAUGAUGCAAGUUGAGGAAAAACCUGAUGUUACAUAUAGUGAUGUUGGUGGCUGUAAGGAACAAAUUGAAAAAUUGAGAGAAGUUGUUGAAACUCCUCUAUUACAUCCAGAGAAAUUUGUUAAUUUAGGAAUUGAACCACCUAAAGGAGUAUUAUUGUUUGGUCCUCCAGGUACAGGUAAAACUUUAUGUGCCAGGGCUGUAGCUAAUAGAACUGAUGCUUGUUUCAUUCGUGUGAUUGGUUCUGAAUUGGUUCAAAAAUAUGUUGGUGAGGGAGCUCGUAUGGUACGAGAAUUGUUUGAAAUGGCACGCAGUAAAAAAGCAUGCUUAAUAUUCUUUGAUGAAAUUGAUGCUAUUGGAGGAGCUCGAUUUGAUGAUGGAGCUGGAGGUGAUAAUGAAGUACAGCGUACUAUGCUGGAAUUAAUCAAUCAAUUGGAUGGAUUCGAUCCAAGGGGGAAUAUUAAAGUAUUAAUGGCAACAAAUAGACCAGAUACAUUAGAUCCAGCACUGAUGAGACCUGGUCGUUUAGACAGAAAAGUAGAGUUUGGUUUACCAGAUUUAGAAGGCCGAACGCAUAUUUUCAAAAUUCACGCACGUUCAAUGAGUGUCGAAAGGGAUAUCAGAUUUGAACUACUCGCACGUUUAUGUCCUAAUAGUACAGGUGCUGAAAUUCGUUCUGUUUGUACAGAAGCAGGCAUGUUUGCUAUUCGCGCACGUCGUAAAGUAGCUACCGAAAAAGAUUUUCUUGAAGCAGUGAACAAAGUCAUUAAAUCAUACGCUAAGUUCUCUGCAACUCCUAAAUAUAUGACUUAUAAUUAAAUAUAUCAUCAAAUUUUCUAUACUAAAUUUAAAAUAAACAUGUAUACAAGGACAUUGUAUUACGAAUUAUUGACGAACUAAUUUAACCGUUAAUUAUGCUUAAUAAAAUGGAAAAUGUUCUUUUCUUAAUUCUGUAUUUCUUUAUACUGUUUA